ACAAGUCGAGCGGAGGCCCGGAUCGGGCGCGACGCCCACGCGAACACCCGUCGGAUCAUUGAAGAUGGCUGCCGCGGCGAGGGCCGUGCUGGGACUGAGCUUGUGCUUGUGCUUGUGCCUGUGCCUCUGCCUAUGUCAGGUCCAGAAAGCGCCUUUGAUGAUGAACAGAGCCAUUCAGAAUCUACUGCAGAUUUACAAGAUUCCGCCCAAAGAACGUUUUAACGGCCAGCCCGUCUUCUCCAGGGAACUUUUGGCCACCAAGAUGGAGAAUAGCACUUUUAACUCACUGGCCGCCGUUGACCGCGAUAGCCGUCCAUUCGGAUCGGACGUCUCUUUGUCAACGGCGCCGAAACUUGAUCGUUUCACGUUUCCUUCCUUCUUCGUUUGUUUGUUGUUGUUUUUUUUGCCUAAGUGCCAACUUGUCAUUUCAGGCCAAAGACGUGCUGAUGUCGGCGGUUCUGCGGACGUACGAAGAACUGCUGGCGCACAUGAUCCGUAUGUCGCCCGCCCCGACCGCCGGCGGAAGCGUCGCCGAGGGCGAAGCGGAUCCGAGCGCCGACCUGAGCUACCUACUGAAGCGUGUGCAGGAUCUGAGGAAGUACCGGUACCAGGAGCCAGACCGACUUCUAGAAGGCCUUCGCAAGAUCCAACAAGUUCAGUUGGACAACCUGGUGGUCCAGAGCAAAGCAUUGUGGGAGCUCCCUUCGCUCUACAGUGACGCCAGCUCACUGGCCGAUAGCGCCCGCGCGGGAAGGCUUCGGCGAAGACGGGCGAACGUGAAAGCUCGCCGGGCUAGGACUUGAUUUUUUUCCAUAGCUCCCAUAUUUAUUGUGCUAUUUAAAGCUUAUUUAUCAGUUAUUUAUUCAUUGUUGCAGAAUAAAGAGAUUCAUAUUGGGUUG